AUGUCUCGAAGAAGAUAUCAAACCAAACCCUUCAUCUUUUGCCUCAAGACUCUGCUGCUGGUUUACUCCUUUGUCUUCUGGGUGUCAGGAAUCGUGCUGUUGUCCGUGGGGCUGUGGUGGAUCUUGAUGCUUGGCCCGUACUCUGUGCUCAUCUCAAGAGCACCCUCUGCCGUGCCCUUCGUGCUGUCGGGUACCGGCGCUGGCAUCGUGGUGUUGUCACUGUUCGGCUGCUGGGCCACCUGCAGGGGCCGCUGCUGGAUGCUGCGUACGUAUGCUGUGCUGCUGUCGCUUGUGUUUCUGACCGAACUGAUCGCAGGAAUAUCCGGCUUUAUAUUUCGUCACGAGAUCAAAGGCAGUUUUUUGAACUCUUUUUCUGAUGCAGUUCAAAAGUACAAUUCUCUGGAUGAACGCAGCCUUGCAGUUGAUGACCUACAGCGAAAGUUGCACUGCUGUGGCGUGUCAAACUACAGCAGUUGGCUGCACAGUUCUUAUUUCCCACACGGAGGAGUCCCAGGCUCCUGCUGCGUCCGGAUCCACGACUGUGAACGAGACGAACUCCGCAACGCAUCAAGAGUGGCAGACAUAGUGUAUGAGCAGGGCUGCUUUGAACUUGUGACAUCGUUCAUUGACAGAAAUCUCGGAAUCAUCGCUGGGGUCACAUUUGGCAUCGCUUUCUCUCAGCUAAUUGGGACUACUGUGGCCUGUUGUUUGUCCAGAUUCAUCAACUCAAACCAGUAUCAAAUGGUGUAA